AUGUGGGAUGAGCAUGCACUGCAUGGUGAUUCCUGUCGCGAUGUGUCGGUGGCACAGGUGUAUGAUGUGACGAACUUCCACAAAAAACACCCUGGUGGACCAGGUGUGCUGCUGCAGAUGGGUGGCAAGGAUGCAACAGCAGCAGCUGCUGCUGCUCACAAAAGCAUUCUGCCUGCAAACCUGAUGUGGGAGUUUUGCAUCGGGUACAUUGUCAGUCAGUCCAAGGACAAGGUGAAGAGCGAGGUGAAGAGAGCGUCUGCUGACGCGGCCCGUGAUGCCCAGCAAGCAGAAGGACGGGUUGAUGGCGUGGCACUGCUUUGCAAGAUGCAAGCCUUUUUGCAGGACGUGUUGCAGAAGCAGAAGUCCAACAACAGCGUUCAGGUCUCGAAGCAGCUUGAGACCAGACUCGAAUCGCUGCGGCUCUACGCCUCGGCUGUGCAGGCUGAAGGGAGAGAGGAGGAAAGCCCGGAAGCGGCCGCUUUCUCGGCACUUUGCUCUUGUACCACGCCAGAUCUCUUCGCUCAGGCUUGCGAAUCUCCAGAUGUAAAGCCGGAGAGGUCCUUCACAACCAUUAUGGAAGAGAUGGACUCUGAAAUCUUACCGCUCUCCGACGAUGCCCUCGCAGCUCCCGAGUCAUCCUCUCAGAUACGGAAGGGCUCGCAAAGAGACUUGGAGAGAGAGAGUGGUCGGCCCUCAAAGGUCGAGAUGCCAGAGGACAAGGUGGUUACUUCGAGGCGAUUGCCUGUGUACACCAACAAGGGCCAGAAAGAGGACGACAGGUUCAAUGCCUUCCACUGCAAGAGGUGUCGUACACACUUGGUGACGACGGAUGCUGAUCUGGCGAACAUCCCGCGGAGAAGGACUGAUGGUGCCAUGGUCCUGGAUGCCCGCCUGCAGGUGAUCAGCCUCUACACAGUCAAGCGUGAGGGAAGUCGAGUCAUUCGCCGCGAGAAGGGUGCAGAGCGGCAGUAUGUCCAUGCUUGCCCUUCAUGUGACCAAGACGUCGGCUACACAUCGAAGCCCCAUGAGGCUGACCUGGAGCUUGUGUAUUUGUCCGACACGGCCGUCACGGUGCCCUGGCACAGGAUGAAAUCGCCCUUCACCUGCAAGGUGUGCGGCUACAUCUGCCAGAGUCAGGGGCAGCUGGAGUUUCACAGGAAGCAGAAGCAGCACACCGAAGAAAUGGAAAAGGAGCAAGAGGCAGCCAAUGAGCUGAAGCCCAUCAUCGUAGGCUGCAUGACUGGAGCCACCCAGCCGCAGGCUUUCGAGAGGCAGAUGAUAGAUGCGCCCGUGGAUAUGGCUGCAAUCAGCACCCUUGUGCCGCCAGUGGCCGCAUGGGUGCUCGUAUCCAAAGAAGGCUUUGUUGUAAGGGCCAGCCCCUCCGCUGUAGAAACCGGGUCUCAGAAGGCGGCAUUGUUGAAGCACAUUGCUGAGGACAAAACGCCUCCGUUUUUGCAGGACUUAUACGGAGGGAAUGCCCUCGUCCUGCAGUUCACGCCAGAUGACGAGACAUUCUUCAACACGACCCUCUCUGUGCUGAGAGAGGGUGAUUGUGAUGCCGAUGACAGCGACAGUUCCCGUGACAACGACGACAACAGCGACCAGGAUGAAGAAUUGCCUGAGGAUGGCGAGGAUAGCCAAAAGGAUGAUGGCUAUGAUGGCGGUGCUGACAAAGAUGUUGCAGAAGAGCAAUAUGAUGGUUGUUACGCUAUGAUGAUGGUGAUGAUGAUGACAAUAUGCUGA